GUCAAAAAAUAAGGAAGUUUAGUUCGGUGCUAUGUUAAUUGAUAGCAAUAUCAACUUUACCAGACAAUUUUAUGAGCUCAUAGCAAAAAAUGGUCACACAUUGGGGUGGCUAAGGCUAUUGCAUGGGCUCCACAAACGUUUAAUUUGUUUCUCGAACAGUCAAUUGGUCUGUAAAUGUUUAAACAUAUCCAAAGCUACCGUCUGCCUUCUGAGGUACUGUACGGGGGACGCAAACUUUUGAAUGUACUUUAAGCAUAGAAGCCCGCCCUCUUCCAGCUCGGCAAUGGCAAGCCACGCCCCACGUACGUGACACACAUGCAAGUGUCUGUUAGUUGUGCCAGAUAAUUUAGGCGAUUUGUUAAAGUUGUCAGUCAUCUGGGUUAACACUUGGGGGAUCCAAUUAAACUUUAGGGGUAUCCAGUUGUACCCACAUACCUAGAUAGACGACGCAAGGAGUGCUGAGCAGUCAACUGACAACAGACAAACCCACACUAUGUGGCGUGUAUCUAUGUCUAUGGUUCUACCCCAGCUUCUCCUUAAGCUCCGCCUCUGCCACACACCUUAUAAACAGGGAACAUAACCUGCAGGGAUGAUGCCAGGAUUUCUGGGCCCCAUGAAAAAACGCAUUGGGCCAACCCCCAUUGGGCAGCUGUUGCCACUACAGCUCUACUGACAACAGGAUGUGAGAAUGGAAUACCUCACCAAAAGACAAAGGGGGGAACUUGCUGCUCAGAAAGUUGACUUCCUCAAACACCACAUCUUGAGACCGGUGAAACUGAGCGUCACCGAGGAUGGAGGGUUACACAUUGGGGAUGUUGUGAUGCUGGUGAACAUCGGCGAACAGGGCGAGUGUUGUGCUUUAAGCAUCAAUGCAUACAUUGAGAACAUCGUGAAGACUCCCUCACCUGGCAUUAUUGCUCCAUGUGGAGUUAGUGCAGGGAGAAGCAUCCAGCCCUCUGUGCGUACUGCAUUCAUCAUUUCCAGUGUAGAUGGCACUCCUGAAGGAUCUACUCUGCACUACGAGCAAAGUUUUGCCCUGAAAACAACAAGUGGCUUUGCCCGGGGUCUUUAUCUGACAAGUGACGUGCUGAGUUUCAGAAAGUCUGCACAGAGGUCUCGUCUCCAGGAAGUAAAUGUGGACGAAAGCAAUUCCUUUCUCUCCUGGUGGAAGAUAGUGCACUUUGAUCCCCAGGAGAGACUUGAACACGAGGGUCUGCCGGUACCUGCUAAUCUCAACGUGGUCAUCCUCCACUGCAAGACCAACCGGGCUCUGGCUGUUUUGGAACAUCACCUUCUUGGGACCACAUAUGGCAAUGAAUAUGAGGUGACUGCUCAUACUUUCUUGGACGCCCAUAAAGCCGAAAAGUCCAACAAUCACUGGAUACUGUGCACCUCUGACCCAGGACGCGAAGGGCUUGUGCUUCUUAAUCGCCUACAGUCAGAGGCUGACAGCAUGGCGUCAACACAAGCCAACACUAACAGUCCGACAGAGUACAUCGCAUGCAGUGUAUGUAAUUAUAGGGAAAACAGAUAAUUUGGAACAAUCUUAGAAAAAAACACUUGACACACCAGGAUUUGAACCAUAGUUGCAUUGCUAUAAUAAAAGCUCACAAGGAAUUCUUAUUGGAAUAAAAAUUGUAUAUGUAGUUCUCCGGCUGUUCUUUAGUAAUAAUUAACCAUGUGAUAGUGGAGCCUACAGUGAGGUCUGCUUCCCACACUCUGAAAAAUGCUAUUCAUCGCACUUUUAAGGGACAUAAUGACUUGACUGGGGUGAUAGCCACUAUUAAAGGUUCUGUUUUUGUCUACUGAACAGUAGUUUGGGAGAAUGGCAUGGUUACUGGGAUUUGGUGCUUCGCAUCAGGAGCCUCCGUCCCCAAAAUCCCCAAUCCAAUUGAGGUAUCUUGUACCCGCUCAAAUGGAAAGUUGUCAUGGUGCGUUCUUCUUCGUCGUGUUUUUCUUCUGUUGUUUAUUAGUGGUUGGCAAGCAGCUGUCGGUGUGCAUUACCGCCAUCUGUGGAACAGAAUCUAGAAUCUAGUCUCCAUGUACUUGUGCGUCUCAUGGGCCGCCUUUUGGGAGCCCUUUUGCUAUUUUUUAGGCAAGUUUUUUUUCCCGCUGAUUAACCUAGCAUGAAUUAUUUCAAGCCAAUGCAUGUACCACGCCUGUAAAUAAUGACUCACUAGUGUCUGUUCCUGCAUUAUGGGAUCCUCCUCAGUUCAUUUCAGUUUCUUGAGUAUGCCAACUCUCAACCUGCGAUGUAUCAAACCGGGCAUGAAUACAGUGGGGUGAAAAAGUGCAAUCUAAUGUUCAGAUCAAUAAUAAACCUAACUGGUUGAGGUCACCCUUAGCAGCAACAACUGCAAUCAAGCAUUUGUGAUAACUUGCAAUGAGGCUCUUACACUGCUAUGGAUGAAUUUUGGUCCACUCAUUUUUGCAGAAUUGUUGUAAUUCAACUAUAUUGGUGUGUUUUCGAGCAUAUGAACCGCAUUUUUUCAGGUGAUGCCACAGCAUCUCAGUAGGAUUCAGGUCAGGACUUGACUAGGCCACACCAAUUUCUUCAUUUUGUUCUUCUUCAGCCAUUGGCGCACUACCACCAACAUAUUUUACUGUUGGUAUGAUGAUUUUUUUUCUGAAAUGCCGAAUUACUUCUAUGAAAUAUUGUAGGUUUUGUACAUGUCCCGCAUUUUCUCUGUGAAAAUGAGGUGGGGUUGUGUGAAGUAGAUAUGCCUAGCCAGUGUAUCACCUCUCUCAAAGAAAUGUCACUUGCUGCGUGUUGUACCUUGUCUUCAGCAUCUCACUGGUUCUGUCCUUAUCCUACCUACUCAUAAGGACCUCAUAUAACCCCACCUUAAAACUACUUCAAUAACAUUCACACAAAUGUUAAUGAGUCAUUUCCCUAUUUACUUUCAAACCGGUUUUAUAUUUGCAUU